CUUGACAUUGCCGGAGAAUAUAUUUUUAUUCAUACAGGAGGAAAGAAAAUACUUUCCUGCAGUGUUUUCCUUGACUAUUUGCGAGUAUAUUUUCCACAUAUAAGAUGCUUUCAACGAUAUUUCGCCAAAAAUACUUAUUCUUUCUUCAACGGCAAAUAUCAACCACAAAAUGCAACAAAGGUUACAUAGUUCUAGUUCCAGAAAUUGGGGAAGACGCGUGCUCAAUGGAGGCGCUACUCAAACCCGAUGGACUGCCACACUUUGAUACGAUAACGAUUGAGACCUGCAUGGGUGCAAUUGGCCAUCAAGCUCUGGACAUUGAAAAUAAAGUAAAAGAUCUUGAAACUCGUAUUAAUUCCGAGGAAAAUGUUGAUAGCGAAAAGAUUUUCAAAGAACUUGAUGUGGUCACCGGACCACUUGACACAACAUGGGGUAUAGCUAAGGCCCUGUAUAUGGGCAACAGCACUCUUAUUCCCACAAAAUCAUACAUCAAUAUCCACGAUCGAGCGAGAAACGCUAGGGCUUCCAAGUUCAAUAGCAAAACAAUUUACGAUACAAUAGAAAAAGAAUACAAUUCAAAUCCGAACGUAGAACACGAAAAGAGUAGAUUAAUGAAGAAAUACUUGCUGGAGGGAAAAUUGAAUGGAUUGAACUUAUCGGAGAAAGACAAUGACAUCCUGAAGGAUGUUCUGUUGAACCUGGGCAAGGAGCGAGCCCAUUUCAAGAACAAAGUGAACGUUUCUGUGAACAACUUCGUGCAUAAUAUCACAAACUUUAACAUGGUUCGAGAUUUCCCAUCGAACCUGUUGGAGUCCAUGGCCUUGGACCCUAAUCAGCCAGCAAAUGGUCCUUGGCGAGUUUCGCUCCAGCCACAAAUGGUAAAAAGUUUUCUCAAAUACUGCCCCGAUCGAACAGAGCGGUGGAAUAUCUGGCAAGCCAACAACCGGAAGGCGUCUGGGCAAUCUGAGAAAAGCCUCGAAAAUAGUUCCCAUUUAGAGAAAAUUCGAGCCCUACGCAAGCGACAGGCUAAUCUCCUGGGCUACAAAACCUAUGUUGAAAUGUCGAUGCAAACGAAGAUGAUUAAGGAUGUGAAGAAUGCCAAACAGAUAUUUGCAAAACUCCUGCAGUACGCCGGACCAAGGCAGUCUGUGGAGAUUCAAUCAUUGCAGGAGUUUGCGCAAGAGAGUGGCUUCGAUCAAAAUCUAGAUCAAUACGACAUCCCAUAUUGGCAGAGGAAGUAUCUGAGGAGCAAAUUCGAUUUAAAUGAGGAAACAAUUAAGGAAUUCUUCCCUCUGCCCAGGGUCUUUUCAGGGCUAUUCAAGUUCAGUGAAGAGCUUUUUAACAUUAAGAUCCUCGAACGAAACAGCGCCGCAGUAUGGCACCCGGAUGUCAAAUACUACGAUGUUUAUGACGCCAGUGAUGCAUCUAAACCAAUUGGAGGAUUCUAUGUCGACUGCUAUUCGAAAGAAAACAGAUUUGGUAACAACUCAGGAUGGAUGGUUGGAAUAAAAAAUAGGAAUGUUCUUGCUGGAAACAAUCCACUCUGUGGCUUGGUUUUUAACUUUAACGAGCCUUUGUAUGGCAAACCACAUCUUCUGAGCAUCGACGAUCUGCGUAUAGUCUUUAAAACCUUCGGAACAACCUUGCAGCACCUGUUAACUCAGGCGAAUUACACAGACUUGUCAGGUUUGUCAAACAUCGAAUGGGAUGCAUCUCAAGUGAGCGGACAAGUCUUGGCUAAUUUCCUAGAUAAUGAUAAAGCCUUAAAAGAGAUCUCCGGUCAUUAUGCUACCGAUGAACCACUCCCAGGAGAUGUUAUGAAUAACAUCAAACUCCUCAAAAAGAACAUGGCAGGCUACAAUUUGUGCAAUGAAUUAUACUUGUCCGAUUUGGAUUUGGAGCUGCAUCAAUCAGAUGAUUUUUGGUUGGAUAUAGUCAAAAAGCUAUGGCCAGUUUACCAGUGCUUGCCUUUGGACAAGAAGGACGCACAUCCUUGCUCGAUGGUUGAUAUAUUUUCUGGUGAUUGGGCGGCAGCAUAUUUUAGUCAUUUAUACUCCAAAGUACUCGCAGCUGAUAUUUACGAUGCAUUUUCGGAGGAGAAUAAGAGUCCUGCGGAAAUUGGACAACGCUUCAGAGAUACAUUCCUGUCCACGGGCGGUGCGGUGUGUACGGCUGAAGUCUUUAGACGUUUCCGCGGUAGGGAUCCAUCUGUGGAGGCAUUGCUUAAGUCUCUUGAUUUGUUGCACCCAUCACAAACCAUUUCUGACUUGUAAAAUGUUGUAUUUUUUUCUUUUUUAGGGAUUAACCAUUUAUGUGUUAAUUAAGAAUAAAAAAAUUGUUAAAAUUUAAAAAAAAAA